CCGAAAAGACGGCCACGCUAUCUUCCUCUUCGCACUCACUCAAUCCUUUUUCCUACCAACUCCCACACCCAACCGAAUAGCCCACCGUUUUUCCUCUCUUUCUUUCCUCUUUCCUUCUACACACAAAAAGGACGAUUCAAUCUCCGCAGGGAUGGAAAAAGGAAAAAUCUGCACAAACUAAUGUCAAUCCUCAACUCCAACUUCAUUUCCACCUUAAAGCAAAGCUGAUCACAAUUCCUCUAACCAAACCUACCACCAAACCUAACUAACACUACUCACAAGAAAACAAAAUGGAUGAAAAGCGCCGAACCGUCGCGUCCCUUGUAUCGAAGCUAAGCUCCGUAUCCGAACGAACCCGAAUCGACGCGCUCAUCGAGCUUCGUCAGAUGUCGAAGCUCGACCCGGAAACCCGCCCCAUAAUUGCCGAAGCUGGCGCCAUCCCUUUCCUCGCUGAAACUCUCUACUCUUCCUCUCAUCCUUCCCAAGAAAACGCUGCCGCCACGCUCUUAAACCUUUCCAUCUCCGCAAAGGAACCGUUGGUUUCCACGCGCGGUGUCCUCGACGCCAUAGCGCACGUGAUCUCCCACCACAGCUCCUCCUCCUCCGCCUCCGCCGUCCAAUCCGCCGCAGCCACAAUCCACAGCCUCCUCGCCGCCACCGACGACUACCGCCCCUCCGUCGGCGCCAAGCGCGACAUCGUAUACGCGCUUGUGGACAUCCUCCGGUGCCACGUGUCGUCCCCUCCGAGAACCAUCAAAGACGCGCUGAAGGCACUGUUCGGCAUUGCGCUGUACCCUCCGAACCGCGCCACGAUGGUGCAUCUUGGAGUGAUCCCCGCGCUUUUCGCCCUUGUGGUGAAGGACGGGCGCGUGGGGAUCGUCGAGGACACCACCGCGGUGAUCGCGCAAGUAGCCGGGUGCGAAGAGAGCGGUGACGCCUUCCGGAAGGUCGCGGGGGUUGGGGUUCUCGCUGAUCUCCUCGACCUGUCUACCGGCGCCAGUAUGCGUAGCAAGGAGAAUGCCGUCUCGGCGUUGCUGAAUUUGGCGCGAUUCGGUGGCGAGAGCGUUGUGGCAGAGGUCAGGGAGGCGCUUGCGGAUAUUGCGGCUGAUGGGAUCGAUGAUGUCGAGGAUAAUGGAAGCGCCAAGGGGAAGAACAAAGCGAAGUUGUUGAAGGUUUUGUUUGGUGAUGAUGAUGUUAAUGAUGAUAACAGUAGCAACAGCGUUUUGAGUUCGGGUGGAGGUUCGCAGUUUGAUUCAUUCUAGUUUCUUCUAUCGACAUUCUUCUUGAGUUUUGGGUACAGGAAGCCAAUGGUUUUAAAUUGCGGCUGCAAUUGCAAUGUGAUUCCGACUUUUUAAUGUGAGAGCAAUUGCUUGAUAAUUGUUCGAAAAUGGGGCUGAUGUUAGAACUUGUUCUAGUUAUCUGCAAUUUAAAACCAUGGAUGGGAUCAUAGGAAUGCGUUGCAAUUGCAUGAUUCAUUUUGUUCUUAUGGUGGAUUAAGACUCAGGUUUGGGGAAUUAGUGUACAAAAAAUAGUUGUUUAUUUGUUCGAGUGUUGUAUUGCUGUGAUUCCAUUGAUUUUUAUAUGAGCAAUAUCAUGCUAUAUUGUACAUUAUAUGUUUCUAACGAGAAAGUUUGUCCUAUGAGUAUCAA